UUUACAAUCUAAAAUUGGCCGGUGUGGUGAAUAUCAAAAACACUUUGUUUAAGUUGAAUUAUGUUGAGUUUGAUAAAAUGUUGGAACCAAAAAAUACAACUAUAACCUUCCCUACAGAAGAACCCAUGAUUAGAUGGGUGGAUGACGAGGAAAACGAUGCAAAUGAAGAAGAUGUAUCCAGUAUUUCAAGUGAGGUAGAAAGUUAUUGUAAUAUAGAGCAAAUAAGUAAGAAAAAACAAGUGCAGUUUAUUUGGGAAGAACAAACUAUUUUGGAAACAUUAAAGUGUCUGCCUGACUUUGAAAACCUCAAGGAUAUCGAUAACAACAACAACAACAGUAAAGAAAUCCUUGAGAAAAAUAAAGUUAGCAUCCUAUUGCUAUCAGCAUGGUAUGGCAAACUUAGUAUUCUAAACGAAGUGCUGAAAUCUGGCGUAAAUUUGGACAGUACGGAUGCAGAAGGAAGGUAAUGUCCCCCUUGAUAUUUAAUGUUGUAUUGCACACUUUUUUCAGAACUGCCCUACAUUUAGCCGCCCUAAAAGGUCACGCAGACUGUCUUAAACUCUUGUUAGAAUGGGGGUCAAACAUAGAUAUAUGGGACAACAAUAACAAGGUCACACCGCUACAUUGUGCUGCAAGUAUAGGAAAUGUAUGCUGUCUCAGACAACUAAUACUAAAUGGAGCUAAUGUUAAUGCUGGGCUAAAUAACAAAAGCCCUUUGCACUAUGCCGUACAGAGCAGAGCUAUUGAGUGUGUUAGAGAGCUACUGGAAAAUAGAGCAAUACCAAAUACUACACAGGUUUUCAGUGAAGCUCCCUUGCACAUAGCAGCCUCCCUAGGCGCCUCAGACAUAAUAAAGGAACUUAUAAUACACGAGGCAGCAGUGAAUGUACAAUGUGGGACGGAAAAAGUAACACCAUUACAUUUAGCAGCUGAAGAUGGAGAUUUUGAGUGUGUACGCCUCCUACUAGAAGCUGGAGCUGAAGUAACAUUAUGCAAUCACAAAUUACAAACACCUCUGCAUCUGGCAGCUUUAUCACAAUGCACAGAAACUAUGAAUAUACUUAUUAAACAUGGUGCCGAUGUGAAUGCGAGUGAUAUAGAUGGCAGAACGCCUCUACACAGUAGCAUUGUAAAAGUAUCAAGAUCAUGUGAGGGUGUAAGACUUUUGGUAAACUCAGGAGCAAAUGUAAACAAGAAAGAUAUCUUCGGGUACACACCUCUACAUUUGGCAGCCCUGAAUGAGUUCAGUCACUGUAUCAUGAUACUUAUUAAUCAUGGAGGCGAUGUGACAUUAAGAACCAACGGUGGAUCAUCAGUGUUGACUUUUAUAACGCGAAAAACCCCAGAUGUAAUUCCGAAAUACAUCAGUAAGUUUGAUCAGGCUAUAAAGUUAAACGACCAUGAGAUUGGUGAUGUGGAUUGUGAGGUUAAGCUUGACUUUAGGGUAUUGGUUCCGACAUUAGGGCAAAAAGAGUCGGACUUGUUGCUAAGUUUUGUGGAGGUUGGACAUAGAGAGGUUUUGAAACACCCUCUAUGUGAGACGUUUUUAUUCUUAAAGUGGCAUAAGCGUAUAAGAAAGUUUUUUUUAUUUAGUCUAUUUUUUCAUUUAAUGUUUGUAACAUUAUUCACCACUUACAUCAUUGAAGUAUAUAGAUGUCCACCAAAGGAAGACCCAGGUAAAAGUGAAAUCUGCAAAACCACUAGCUCUGUAAUAGUAAUGGGUUAUUUCUUACUAUUCCUUAACUUUUUAUUUAUGUGUAAAGAGUUGUUUCAGAUAGCCCAAAGUUGGCUAUCAUACUUAAAACGCUGGGAAAACUGGUUGCAAUGGUUACUAAUAAUAAGUAUUUUUUUGUGUGUUCAACCGAAAACAGCCUUAAUAGUUAAUAUUAGUGUUGAGUUAGAUGACUGGCAACACAAUGUAGCAGCUACAGGUAUAUUUUUCGCAUGGGUUGAGCUCAUGAUGAUUGUUGGACGAUUCCCUAUGUUUGGGUUGCAUGUGCAGAUGUUCACUACAGUUUCAGUGAAUUUUGCAAAGUUUUUGUUAGCGUACUUCUGCCUUUUCAUAGCGUUUGCUUUAAGUUUUGGGGUGUUGUUUUCAAACUAUAAAUCCUUUAAAGACUUGAAGCUGGUUAUUAUUAAAGUCAUCAUAAUGAUGUCAGGGGAGUUAGAAUAUGAGGAUGUGUUUUUUGAUGAUAUUUACCCCAUUCAAUAUCCAGGCACAGCUCAUUUAAUGUACUUAACAUUCGUACUACUAGUAACUGUAAUUCUUGCCAACUUAAUGGUAGGGUUGGCUGUCAGCGAUAUUCAGGGGUUGCAACAGAGUGCAGGUUUAGAUAGGCUUGUCAGACAAGCUGAAUUAAUUGGGUAUUUGGAAAGUAUGUUGUUUUCAAGAUUGUUAAAUUUCAUCCCAUACAAAUUUAUGUUCUUCCUACAAAAGCAAGCGUUACUUCUAAAAUCACAGUACCACUGGGCUUUGUAUAUUAAACCUAACGACCCAAGGGAGGAGAGGAUACCCAAAGAGUUGAUACAGAAUAUAUACCAGUUGGUUAUAGAGAAGAAAGAAAAGCCUAAAGGUAGGAGAACGAAGAACAAUUCACACUCUUCGUACACUAUAUCACCUUGUGUAUCAAGAAUAAAUUCGGUUUAUGGUACGCAGACAAACCAGAAAUCUUUAAAGAGAGAAAUCGAGGAAAUCAGUAAGGAAUUUCAGGAUGUUUUCAAAGUUUUAAAACAAAAACUUGAUAAGAUAUCCAGUCAAAUAACAGAUAGUAAACUUAAGUAAUGUAUGUUGAUGUAUUGGUACUUUUGUAUGUAAUAAAUAAAACACUUUAAUAAAAUAAUUUAUUAUUAUAACUACACUAUAACAGUAUCCUCAAUCCAUUUUAAAUAUUUGUCAACUCGUGUAUAUACAGGAGGCAAUUCCUGUAUGCCACAAGUCGGUGUGGGAGCAAAAGAUACUAUCCCUAUCUGAAAAAUCCUUAUUUCCCCCUUAAAAUCCCCUGUGGCAUUGGAUAAAGGUCCUCCACUAUCCCCUUUACAGGCAUCCUCAGUCUUACCGAUAGCACAUAGUUGAGAAUCAGAAAUAUUCCGAACUCUUGCUGGAAGAUUUGAGUUGCAUUUCUCCUGAUUUGCUACAACGACUUGAGCGUAUUGUAGAUAACUUGAACCUU